UGGGAGAGCCUGGUAUUUUACUUCGGUCUUCUGCUUUGUAUGUUAUCUCGGUUGUUUAGUCUAUUAGCCGAACUAACACUUCUCUUUUUUGCAGAUUUCGCCCAUCUCCAUUCCUUGUAUAGCUAUCCCAACCUCGGAUUUUUGCGAGCCGCAUUCCGGAUUAAAGAAAGAGAUUGGGCCAAGCUUCUAAAUUUUGAGCCGACCUAUCGCUACAGCGGUCGCCGAAAAGCAAGGGUGACUGACUUUCUUCUUGAAGAGGCACCGGAGCCGGACCCAUAUUUGCCCGAGAUAAGACUUGUCCCUCUCACCGCAGAAGAAGAGAUGGCGAAAAGGAGCAGAGUCAGGGCCCUUCUCACUGAAACAACUAGGCCCGAAGUGGCGCCUCCCAGCCAAUCGCAGCCUGCUGUUGUGGCCCUUCCUUCCCAACAGCCAUCCUCUUCCCGCCGAACCAAACGUGCCCGAACUGCCGAACCCGAACGAGUUGUGAUUGAUGCAGAACCUCCUAUUCAGCCGAGCUUACCACCGAGCCCCCAACCGGAGUCUUCUGACCGAACCAUCGGCUGCUGGGCACCGAAACUAACCUUCAACGACCGAGACAUUCUAGACACAGACUCGGUCGUUGCUGAGAAAGACCACCUGUUGGCCAUUAACCUGGCCAGGAGCGUGUGUCUGCCCAAAGACAUGGAACAUCACCAAAAACAGUUAACCACCGAGCUGAAGUCCAUCCGGUCUGCUACUAAAUCCAUGAUUCUGGCUAUUCAGAAAAACCAAAUCACCCACAGGAAAGUGCUGGAGCUGAGGAAAGUGACUAGGCAAGCAGCGGCCGAGGCAGAGGCGAAAUCGGCCGAACUAGAAGAAGCCAGAAAGGAACUGGCCGAACUCCGAGGUGAGGUCGGCCGACUGACCGGAAUGGUUAGUUCGGCCGAAGCUGAAAAACAAAAGACUGCCAUAGUUCUGAAGGACAAGUACUUGCGCGAAUUGCUGAAACUUGAAAAAAAGAAGGAUGCCGAAAUAAAGGAGAAGCAGCAAUUUCUUGAGGACUCAGGUUCAGAUGAAGACUCUGCCACUGAGGAUACUCCGGUUGCAAACGUGGAUCAGGUAGAUCGGCCGGAGUCCAGAGUGGAAGAUCUGACUAUUGAACAGCCAAAUGAAACUGUGGCUCCGGUCGAUACCGCUAUUGUGACUGAAGGAGUCCUGCCACCAGAGACCGGUCUUCCAACUGACACUGAUGCUGCCUUUGAUGCCGAGAUAGAUGAACUUUUCUCUUAA